CCGGAGAGAGUUCAAAGAAAGAAGAAGAAGAGCAAUGUCGGCGAACGCAGCGGUACCGUUUUGGCGAGCGGCGGGUAUGACCUACAUCACCUACUCGAACAUCUGCGCCAAUCUCGUCCGCAACUGCCUCAAGGAGCCUUACAAGACCGAGGCCCUCUCCCGCGAGAAGGUUCAUUUCUCCGUCUCCAAGUGGGCCGACGGCAAGCCCGAGAAGCCCAGUAAGCCCCUUCUCCUUUCAGAUCUAGGGUUUUUCUCCAUUUCCAAUUUCUCAUGUGAUUCGAGUAUAAAGUUUCAGUCUUUAAUUUUGGUACUGUUUCGAUUUUAAUCUCGAAUUGGGGGUUACUAAGAUUAAGGGCAGUUGGGUUGAGAUUAGAUUAUGCUAAUUUGAUUCAAAGUAGUGUGGAAAUUGAGCUUAGAAUUUGUUAAGAACCUGAGAUGAUUGAGAUUGAGAUUGCGUCUGAGUGUGGUUUUGGGAUGAAAGUCGAUCGGUUCUUUUCGUAGAGGUUUGUGCUUUUGGUGCUUGAUGUUUGUGAUGAAUUGGUAUUGAUCAGUUUAUAAUGUGUUUUUGGGAAUUAGGGGGAAUUAGUCGGUAAUCACAAUUUACGUUGUGAAGUUGAUUGUGAUCCUUCUCUACAUGGCUGCUUUGUUGUAUUGGUUAGAGUUGGAGUUCAGGUUCUCGUUUUUGGGCUCAACUGCCUUCAUG